AUGUCUGCCCCUCCUGUUUCCGGUGCCGUCACGGGACAGAGCAGUCGGUGACAGCUCCUAGGGCCCCCGCCCCGCGUCCAUGGCCGAGCCGGACCCCUCUGACCCUCUGGAGACCCAGGCAGGGAAGGUGCAGGAAGCUCAGGACUCAGACUCAGACACUGAGGGAGGAGCGGCUGGCGGAGAGGCAGAGAUGGACUUCCUGCGGAAUUUCUUCUCCCAGACGCUGGGUCUGGGCACCCAGAAGGAGCGUCUGCUUGACGACCUAACCGUGGAAGGGGUGUCCCGCUACAUGCAGAGCGAGCGCUGUCGCAGGGUCAUCUGUUUGGUGGGUGCUGGAAUCUCCACGUCCGCGGGCAUCCCAGACUUCCGCUCCCCGUCCACGGGCCUCUAUGCCAACCUGGAGAAGUACCGUCUUCCUUACCCAGAGGCCAUCUUUGAGAUCGGCUACUUCAAGAAACAUCCAGAGCCCUUCUUCGCCCUGGCCAAGGAGCUCUAUCCUGGGCAGUUCAAGCCGACCGCCUGUCACUACUUCCUCCGCCUGCUGAAGGAGAAGGGGCUGCUCCUGCGCUGCUACACGCAGAAUAUAGACACCCUGGAGCGAGUGGCAGGGCUGGAGCCCGAGGACCUGGUGGAGGCCCACGGCACCUUCUACACAUCGCACUGCGUCAGCCCCGUCUGCCGGCGCGAGUACACACUAGGCUGGAUGAAAGAGAAGAUCUUCUCGGAGGUGACUCCCAAGUGUGAGAAAUGUCAGAGCCUGGUGAAGCCUGACAUCGUGUUCUUCGGCGAGAGCCUCCCAGCGCGUUUCUUCUCCUGCAUGCAGUCGGACUUCCUGAAGGUGGACCUCCUCAUCAUCAUGGGCACCUCCCUGCAGGUGCAGCCGUUUGCAUCCCUUGUCUGCAAGGCGCCCCUGUCUACCCCACGCCUGCUCAUCAACAAGGAGAAAACUGGCCAGACUGACCCUUUCCUGGGAAUGAUGAUGGGCCUUGGAGGAGGCAUGGACUUCGACUCCAAGAAGGCCUACAGGGACGUGGCCUGGCUGGGUGACUGCGACCAGGGCUGCCUGGCCCUUGCUGACCUCCUCGGAUGGAAGAAGGAGCUGGAGGACCUUAUCCGGAAGGAGCAUGCCAGAAUAGACACUGAGUCGGGGUCAGGGAGCCCCAACCCCACCACUUCAGCAUCCCCCAGGACAUCCCCACCGCCCGCCAAGGAGGAAGCCAGGGCCGUGGAGGCUGAGGAACCCCAGUGACAGCUGCUUCCUCCGGGCAGGACGCCCAGCUCCUUUGGGACAGCUGACCCCCCACCAGCCCUGGCCUCCUCUAACCUUUAGCUCUUGUCUGGGAAGCUCAGAACAUUUCCUCAGUCUCUUAACCACUCCCUCCAAAAACGGGGGUCCCAGACCCCCUGACCCCGGCAAAUCUCUAACAUUUCCUGGGGGCCGAGGCUUGGGCAGCCCGGCUCUAACACUCAAAGCCUCUAACCACCCCUAGCCGUGAGGCCCAGCCUCCCCUAAUCUCUAACUGCUCCCAGGGGCCGGGGGGGUGGGGACCUGCAAACUUCUAACUGUCCCAGGAUCCCACGACAGGGGGCCCGGGGCCCCCAUGCUCUCUACUGCUCCCAGGGGGCUGUGGCCAAGCAGACAAAAUCUAACCAUCCCUGGGUGGGGUGUGGGCCCUGCAAACAUAACUCACACCCAGUGGGGGGACCCCCAGUCCCUGCCUCAACUCCCAAAGUGAGUGCCAGGCCCCCUUCCCUCAGGACCCACUUCCCAUUUGGGGAUGGACAGAGGUGUUCCUUAUUGGAGAGAAAUUAAAAACAAAACAACAACUCACAAU